GCGGCGGUCUAGGCUCUGGGCGAGGCUGGGGCCACGGGCUGAGCGGAGGACUCAUCCGAGGAGCGGCGCUGAGACCACGAAGCGGACCCUGGGGUCUUGGAAGCUCAAUGGCCUCCCCAAAGAAGAAACUUCAAGGUCUUGUGGCCGCCACCAUCACACCGAUGACAGAACAUGGAGAAAUCAACUUUUCAGUUAUUGGUCAGUAUGUGGAUUAUCUUGUGGAAGAACAAGGAGUAAAGAGUAUUUUUGUGAACGGCACCACGGGGGAAGGCCUGUCCCUGAGCAUCGCAGAGCGCCGCCAGGUUGCGGAGGAGUGGGUGACGAGAGGGAGAAAUAAGUUGGAUCAAGUAGUAAUUCAUGUUGGUGCACUGAGCUUGAAGGAGUCACAAGAACUGGCUCAACAUGCAGCAGAAAUCGGAGCUGAUGGCAUUGCUGUCAUUGCACCUUGCUUCUUCAAGUCACUAAACAAAGAUGCCCUGAUUAAUUUCUUAAAAGAGGUGGCUGCUGCUGCACCUACAUUGCCAUUUUAUUACUAUCAUAUUCCCACCUUGACAGGGGUAAAGAUUCGAGCCGAGGAGUUGUUGAAUGGGAUUCAGGAUAAGAUCCCCACGUUCCAGGGACUGAAAUUCAGUGAUACAGAUCUCUUAGACUUCGGACAGUGUGUUGAUCAGAAUCGCCAGCAAGAGUUUGCUUUCCUUUUUGGGGUGGAUGAGCAACUGCUGAGUGCUUUGGUGAUGGGAGCAACUGGCGCAGUGGGCAGUACCUAUAACUACCUGGGAAAAAAGACAAACCAGAUGUUGGAAGCUUUUGAACGAAAGGACUUCUCUUCUGCCCUGAGCUAUCAGUUUUGUAUCCAGAGAUUUAUCAACUUUGUGGUCAAGCUAGGUUUUGGAGUAUCAGAGACAAAAGCCAUCAUGACUCUUGUGUCUGGGAUUCCCAUGGGUCCGCCCCGGCUUCCACUGCAGAAAGCCUCCAGGGAGUUCACUGAUAGUGCAAAAGCCAGACUCAAGAGCCUGGAUUUCCUUUCUCUGGCUGGUUCAAAUGAUGGAAAUUUGGAAACCUGUAGCUAGUGCCUCUUUAUCAAUUCAGGGUGUGUAUAUCACACACAUAAUCCAACUUAUACGGGGCAUUCAUUUCUCAAGAUGAGCUUGAACUAAACUGUUUCCAAGCAACUGAAGUCUCAUAUCAAUCAAUAAGUAGUAAAGUACCUAUAAUGAUCUUGUGAACAAGCUGAAGCUCUCAAAGAGAGUCAUGAGCCCUAAACCAUGCAAUAUUUCAAAAAAUUUUGAGAAAUUUUUUUUUGUAUGGAUGAAAUGAAAUCAAAAGGAAAUUGUAAUCUAUUCAUUUCAUUUGCCUUUGGAAGCUCCUAUUGUCUUGAUUUCUAGUUCUUAAUCCUAUUUUUAAGUUUUCUAAUUUUAAAUCACUAUAUAAUAUACUUUUCAUUUUAAUAAAUACUCAUUUGGAAUCUAGGAAAACUCUCUUAGCUACUGCAUUUGGGCAGACACACUCACUUCAAUGCAAAUUAUAAUGUGGCUCAACUCCACACAACUGUUACCAUUUGAGUGCUCAGUCUAAUUCUAGAACAUCUGUUUUCAGAUUGUGACAUUAACAGUUUUUUUCCCAUAAUGUUGGGUUAAAUGAAGACUCACUAUAAUUAAAGGUCCUAUGGGAGUAGUUUGAUAUAUUUUAUCCCUAAAGGGUAAUUUUGGGGUGUUCCUGAGAUUAAGU